UCGAGCUCAGGCUUUAGGGUCAGAGAGCAGCAGGUUCAAAUCUUGACGGUUUUGGUAAAGUCAAUUCAAUCUCUCCAAGACUCCGUUUAUUUGAUCUGCGAAGUGGGGACAAUGGUACCACGUCGCAGGGUUGUCAGGCGGAGUAAGUGAAAGAACCUGUCCAGGGUUUAGCCCUUGGCCCGCACGCAGGCAGAGCUCCAGCCUCGCUGCUGUUGUUGUUAGUGGCCUGGGGGCGGGUCCCUGCCGCGGCCUCCCCGGCGGUUUCCUGUGGGGGACGGACGGCCCGCGGGCCGGGCUCUCCCUCCUCCCGGCUGCCCGCUCCUCUCCCCUUCCUCUCCCAGCCCUUUUCCUCCCCGCCUCCCCGCCCGCCCCGCCCCGCCCCGUCCCUCCUCUUUCCUUGGAGGAAACUUUCCGCCCGCUGGUCCCUCGGUCCGUGUCCCGCCCGCGCUGCCGCGGCCUGGGAGCCCAGCGGGGCCGGAGGGGCGGCGGGACAGGAGCGGGCGGGGCGGUCUGACCCAGUGUAUGCGGCCGCGGGACGCGCCGGGGCCGGGCAGCCGGGAAGCGGGGCGCUGACGGCUGGCAGAGGAGCUGCCCCCCAGAGCGGCAUGGAUGCCCCGCGAAGGGACAUGGAGUUGCUCAGCAACAGCCUGGCUGCCUACGCGCACAUCCGCGCCAACCCCGAGAGCUUCGGCCUCUACUUCGUGCUGGGCGUCUGCUUCGGCCUGCUGCUCACCCUCUGCCUGCUCGUCAUCAGCAUCUCGUGGGCGCCCCGCCCGCGGCCCCGGGGCCCGGCUCAGCGCCGGGACCCCCGCAGCAGCACCCUGGAGCCCGAGGACGACGACGAGGAGGAGGAGGACACGGUGACUCGGCUGGGCCCCGACGACACGCUGCCGGGCCCCGAGCUGUCCGCAGAGCCGGACGGGCCCCUCAGCGUCAACGUCUUCACGUCGGCGGAGGAGCUGGAGCGGGCGCAGCGGCUGGAGGAGCGCGAGCGGAUCCUGCGGGAGAUCUGGCGCACCGGGCAGCCGGACCUGCUGGGCACAGGCACGCUGGGGCCCAGCCCCACGGUCACGGGCGCGGGCACCCUGGGCCGCAUGCACUAUUACUGAUGGGCCCCGGCUCCCGCUGCAAGGCGCUCGGGGUACCGGACCUGCACAUGCGCUCAGAGCUGCCCCAGACCUUCGGACUGCCUCGGCCCCUACAGCUCCCAGGUGCUACGGGGCGUGGACCGCCACCCCCGAGAGGCUCCCUUCCCCAGUCCUGCCAGAAGACCCCGGGGGCGGGGAGGGGGCAGGAUGCAGGGUCCCCACUCCCUCUCUGGGGUCGAUGAAGAGGUGAAGUGACCAAAUGAAAGAAAGCUGCAUUCUCAGU